UAUACUUCGUCUUUGGCAUCGGGCCCAGUACAGUCCACCCGAAAAGGACCUCGAUUUUCUUCUUAUUUCGACGACAACAAAGGCGUAAAAAAAUAUGCAUAGUUUCGGCCGAUUGGCCGUGUCCGAGAUUACCGAUGCACCGACCCCCUCGACCCUCUUUUACUUGUUUUGAAGACGUUGAGCGUCGCGACGCAUUUUUUCCAAACGCGUCACAGCGAUAGGACCUAUAGGGGAAAAUAUAUUCACUGCAAUAUCAACCACCAGAACAAAACAUUGCUUUUUCUCAUAAAAAGAACUACAGUUUAGCAAAAUACGAGUGAAGUUUAAUUGUUUCUUCAUCUUUGAGCAACAACACCAGCGCAAUUGAAGUUGAGAAUGCCCACGGAGUUCAUUACGAAUCCGCUGCAGCGAGAGCUGGCGGAUUCCAUAAUUCGGAUGGUCCCAUUGGAUGAAAUAAGGAUCAUCUUGGCAUGCGGAGCUAAGGUCAAUGAGCAAGUGACCCAAGGUUUAAUGCCAUUGCAUUAUGCCGUAUGGCAAAGAUAUUAUGAAGCAGCCCAACUUUUGUUGACCAGAGGAGGAGAGGUCAAUGCUGUUGAUGAGUGUGGAUAUAGCGCUUUACAUUUGGCUGCGGAGCACGGCUAUUACGAAGUUGUAAAGCUUCUUCUAUUGUCUGGAGCAAAAGUGGAUUAUCGCGAAAACACGAACGAGGAAUUUCCGAGGACAACCCUUUGCGAUGAGCCUCUGCGCCUUGCCAUCAGGAAUAAGCACAUGCAGAUCGUCAGGUUAUUGCUGGAACACGGAGCAGAUACGAACAAACGUUACUUCUUCGGAUCCGAGAUCAAUCUGGUGACCGAUCCAGAAUACCUCGAACUCUUGUUGACCUUUGGUGCAAAUCCUGAGAGCAGAGAUCGCGCUGGACUCACGCCUCUGAUGAAAGCCGCUCGACAACCUAGUGGAUUACAGACUGUAUUGCUUCUGUUAAAAUACGGCGCCGAUGUUAAUGCUAUCACUGACGAGAGAAACGACUACAGAACCGUUUUGCAUUACGCCGUUCUAUCAGGAAAUAUAGACAUUAUAAAUUUGCUAAUCAAGCAGGGAAGCAAAUUGAACUACGACGAAGUUUUUGAAGUCGGUAAACCGAGUCCUCUGGAUUUGGCCAUACUCAAAGGAGACUCGAAUAUCGUUUCUCUUCUAAUUAGAUCAGGAUCCAACGUGAACUGCAGCUCACCAAUCAUCGGAUCACCUCUUCACGUUGCAAGUGCUGAUAAUAUAACAAACAGAUUGGAAAUCCUGAAGAUGUUGCUGAAAGUCGGCGCCGAUCCGAAUCUGAAGGUCUUUAACGACAUCUAUGACAGGAAUUCCCAGCUGAGACCCGUCCUCGUCGAAUACUUGGCCAGCAAUGAGAACCCGAAUUCUUCAGUUGUCACCCUAUUAUUGCAAUACGGAGCUAAAGUUGUUAUGAAGACGCAGUUUAGAGAUCCGGACGGUUUACUGAAUUCUUUACAUAAUGUGUUGACUCCCAACACUGAAGAGAUAUUCUAUUUGCUGCUGGAGGCAUCCGAAUCGUUCGAUCCAUGCAUGAUCCGUAGAAAUAAUGUGAUGAAUCAAAAGCAGAAGUCGUACAUGUUAGAUCUUGCUUCAAAACCGCUUUCUUUGAGAAGGCAAACUCGACUUCUGCUCAGACGACACUACGGAGCGGAUCUUUUGAAUAUUGCCGAUACUUUCGAUAUACCUAAGUGUUUAAUCAAGUAUCUUAAAUUUGAUUACAGUUAAGUUUUUUUUAUUAUUAUAUUAAUUUACGUACUGUAGACAGGAUUAUUACUAUUAAUAAUCAAUAUUGUUAUUAUUACUACAUAUAAGGUUUUUUGUAUCUUUCUACUUGAAUAUGUGAUAAAAUAAUAAUGUAUACAGGAAAUAUAUCGACCUUCAAUUUGA